CUCCCUCUCUCUCUCUCUCUCUCCUAGAAACCCCAUUUAUUGUAUGGAACAUCUCCCUCUUCCUCUCUCUGCAAGAAAACUGUGAUUGUAUCUUGGACGCAGUAGCCAACAGGCGUGGCCAUGGAGGCUGAAGCAGAAAAGAGAAAGAACUUGUUGUCCAAGGCGAAGGCCGCCAUGGAGUCCGAAUGCUACGACCAGAUGGUCCAUUUCAUGAAGGAAGCGGUGGAAAGCAUAAAGAACGGCCUUAACGAAGAAGAGCGCAGACUCCUGUGGACUGCAUACCUGAAGUCUAUGGAUGCACGCUUGGCUUCAUGGCAGAACGAAAUGUCCAGAUCUCAUGUUGAGGUCGAUCCACAACAAUUGGAGGCCGUCAAGCACAAACUUUACACUAUCGAGUCCGAGAUUGUGUCCAUGUGCUCCGAAUUUCAUGUCCUCAUCGACAAGCAUUUCAUUGUCGACGAUAACUCGGUUGAGGAAGAUGUCAUUGCCUACUUGUUAAAGGGCGACUUAGAUCGCUAUGUUGCCGAGGUCAGGCCUGAUGAUAGCCGAAAGUUUGCAGCCGCUUGUGAAGCUCAUCUUUCCUACCUAGUUGCCACUACUAUUGCGAAUGAACCAGGGACCGACGUCAGUGACUCCACACGCAGAUGGCUCGAUAAGAACUUUUCAAUUCUCAAGACCGAGUUCUUCAGCACCGAAGUCGCCAAGAAGGAUUUCCGUGAGUACAUACUUAAAUGGUGUGAGACCGAAAUGGAAGUCUACGAGGGCAAUGAACGCGAGUUGUACAAUCUUCAAAAAAGCAAGAUAAAACGCAAAUUAUAUCGAGCUAUGGUGUUAAAGGCUAUUCUCGAUGAGGAUGUACUAGUGCCAGUUCCAGUACCAGUGACAGUGCCAGUACCAGUGCCACCACCCGAGAAUGCACUCUAGGAUUCCAUGGCUGAACUGGGUGAGAUGAAAAAGGAAGGGCAGCCUCAUGGACAUCCGUGAUGAAAACUUUAAAAAAUUGAGAUUGGAUCCAUCUAUGGUCUCUCUCGCAACCUCUUUACCCCCUGCUCCAUUUCUUUUCAACUUCAUUUUUCUUCUUCUUUUUUUGGGUUGAGUGAUCCUUUAUCUUGUUAUAAACUAGUCACUUUUGCUUGUUUCUCGAUUCGUGUAAGGUGCAAGAGACCCUUCCACCCUUUCCACCUUUUCUUAAUCCAUUUAAGGAUUUGAACCCAGGAGAUAAGGGGGACAAAGUCUCAGAAGGUUUCACCAUCUCUACAUAUCUACUCUUUUCUGCUCUUCUUUGGUUUUUCUUCUUCGGUGUUAUACUUCUUGUAGAAUAUGGAGAAUGAUGAAUGUAGUUUUCCUGAUGAGCUGGGCUUCCAUACGCAACGCCACCAUCGAGCUCGGUUACUGUACAAACACUCAUUCAUUGUGUCAAAUUACAAUGUGCAUUUAUUU